UUUGACUCUGAUAUUUUUGUAAUCAGUGGAUUAAAGAGAAUGAAGUGCUUGCUCAUCAGUUGAACUCCACCUGCAGAAAGCAGAGACUUUUGUUAAGUUCUUCCUCUCUUGAAAGGGACAGACACUUUCGCAAAUGCCGUUAAACUGGUAACUAAUUGGCUGGUGAGCUGAGCGAGCAUCCGGCCAACUCGAGAAGAAAAUGGGUUCGUCCGUCACCAUGUGAUGACGUCAGCAGUAUCGGGUAGGAGCGGCGAAGCUGACGGUCGGAGGUUGAUGACGCCGAGAGCGACAGACUGGCAUCUGCGCUGGUUGCUAAGGCCCCGUCCUGCUUUGAAAGUCCUUCGGUGCCCGUGGCGGGAUCUGACUAGCGAUCCGAAACCGGGGACCGGACUGGUAGGAGGACAGAGUUGGAUGGUGAGUGUCGUGAGUCGCAGGAAGGGAUGAGGGAAGGCGAAUGGGCGGCAAUGAGCGAGGUCGGCACGGUCACCCGGUGUCGCUUUGUCACUGACCACUGACUCCCUGGUGCCUCCGCCUCUCCGCUGCUCCUCUGUUAUUGCUCCCUCCUCAACUGUUCACCUUUAGCCUCAUCCCUAAUGAGGAUCCCAGAUAUUAUAAAUAGCAUCUAUCCUGCUGGGAGAAAUAUCAAGAGGACAGGAGGUUGCAUUUGAAAACAGCACAUCAUGAGUAUUCUCUCUCUUGAUUUUGUUUUUUGCAAGUCAUCAGCCCAGCUUUUAACAGUUUCCUUAAUUUCAUCUUAACUGAAUGAGAUGUGAACGCCAAUAGACUUCAAAUGAAAAUCCACUCUGCAAUACUAAAUAUUGUAUGGGAUAAUAUGUGUAAUCCUCCUCAAGCAUUGAAUCAUUUCGUCAAUAUAUUCAAUCUGUUUGGAUGGUGGGGGAAUCUUCCAAGAGGGAAUUUUUCAAGAUGCCUUUGGACAAGUAAUGCCAGAAAAUAAAUCCAUGAAUGUGAAUCAAAAAGAGACGGGGACCAUCACUGAUGUGUGCAGCAGUGAGGAGUUGCCUGAGGUAGAACUUGUGAGCUUGAUCGAAGACCAGCUUCCCCAGUAUCACCUGCGAGCAGACUCGCUCUACCUCUAUCAGAACGAGGACUGGGGGCAGACCUCGGAGCAUCCUGGACAUGCAUCUAGUGAGCUUUCUCCCACCCAAGCUGAGGAGGCCUUCCGUUACAUGAUUCUCAGUUCUGAAAGGGUGGAUCAGAUGACAAGAACGUACAAUGACAUUGAUAUGGUCACACACUUGCUGGCUGAGAGAGAUCGUGAUUUGGAAUUGGCUGCUCGGAUAGGGCAGUCUUUACUGCAGCGGAACAGAGCACUGUCUGAGAGAAAUGAACUCCUAGAAGAACAGUUGGUCCAGGCUUAUGAUCAAGUUAACCAGCUGCAACAUGAGCUGUCAAAAAAGGAUGAGCUCCUGAGAGUUGUGGCCAAUGCCUCUGAGGAGAGUGAAUCUGACUCCAGCUGCUCCACACCUCUCCGACGUAAUGAAUCCUUUCAUUUGUCACAUAGUUUGAUGCAGUUGGAUGCAUUGCAAAGUAAACUUCGAGAACUGGAGGAUGAAAAUCUUUCUCUCCGUUCUGAGGCUUGUCACCUAAAGACAGAAACCAUCAACUAUGAAGAGAAGGAGCAACAGCUGGUCAACGACUGUGUGAAGGAGCUGAGAGAAGCAAAUAUAAAUAUUUCUAACCUAGCAGAUGAACUCUCCAGAAAAAAUGACGACAUUGCUCGUCAUCAGGAGGAGAUUACAAACCUACUCAGUCAAAUUGUGGAGCUUCAACUUAAAGUCAAGGAGUGUGCCAUUGAGAAGGAAGAACUGAAGCAACAUCUGCAGGCAUCUAAAGAUGCCCAGCGACAGCUUACAGCAGAACUGCUGGAAGUACAGGAUCAUAAUGCUGAGUGUUUGGGAAUGUUGCAUGAAUCUCAGGAAGAGCUAAAAGAAUUGCGGAACAAGUCAACAUCAUGCGCACUAAACCGGCCCCAAGCUUACAGCAUGUUCCCUAUGAAUUCCUUGGCUGCUGAGAUUGAAGGAAGUAUGCGCAGAGAGCUUAAUCUUGAAGAGUCAACGAUGGAAGAUCAAAGGAGCCAACACAGACGGGUUUUCUGUACAGUCCGAAGCAUAAAUGAAACCCUACAAACUCACAUGCCAGCUUCUCCUCUGGGAUCUAUCCCAGGAUCUGGUUGUUCAUCUCUUCUUGUAACUAUGAAAUCCCAGCAACCCAACAUGGGGUCAUCUGAUCCAAAAGUGUCAAAAAACUCAGCGGGUGAAGCUAGUUCCCACUGUGAACGGUCUAAUGUUGGACAGCCGGGAACACCUGGUGGCAAAGACCUGUCCACUGCUUUGCGCCGCCUUUCUCUGCGGCAGGAGAAUUACUUGAGUGAGAAGAGGUUCUUUGAAAGUGAACGGGACCGGAAGCUGAUGGCCAUGGCAACAAAAGAGGAGUCUGGCUGCAGUACACCAGCAGAGAGUGUGAUGUCCACUGGGACCAACCUUAGUGACCUAACAGAGAUGUCUUGCUUUUCCAGUGUGUCAAGCUCUUACCGCACAUUCCUACCUGAAAAGCUACAGAUUGUCAAACCACUUGAAGGUUCAAUGACUCUACAUCAGUGGCAACAGUUAGCACAACCUAACCUGGGCACAAUUUUGGACCCACGGCCUGGUGUCCUCACUAAAGGUUUUGAGCUACUUCAGGAAGACGACAUUUACCGUCUCUCUGAUCUGGAAGAGGACAGUGAGGAAGGAAUCUCAUUCAAAGCUCAGCACACUUCCACCCCUGAGGAUAAAAAAGAGAAGAAACAGGACAAAGAGAAAGAGUCUUCUGAAAGGAAGGAGCUACCACCAGAUAUUUUUCUGCCAAUAAAUAGCCACUCAACUCACGAGUCAGCAGCUGUGAGGAAUCCAGGCAAAUGUCUGUCACAGACCAACUCAACUUACACCUUCACUACCUGCAGAAUUCUUCAUCCUACUGACAUUGUUCAAGUUUCAUCAAGUGUCAUGUAUGCUCCGGUGCCAAAUUCAGGGGGUUCAUCUGCAAAUAUGAUCUCCAGUCCAAGCACCCCCAUUGUUCCUUGCCGGCCAAGCAUUGGUGAAUCCUUCACAAAAAGAAGAGAGUCAACUACUACUCUGAGCAGCACUAACAGCUUGACAAAGCUUUUGCAAGAUCGUGGAAUCUCCGCUGGUGUUUAUCGUUGCCCUCUGCUUAAAAUCCCGCCUGUAGUUCCCCCUAAGGCGUUAACUACACCCCGUACCCCACCAAACUCCCCCUGCCGCUCCCCAUGCCUGUCGCCAUUGCCCUUUGACACACAAGGAGCCAUUGAGAACUUUCUUGCUUCACGCCCUGCAGAGACGCUGCUCCAUGAAAUCUACUGCCUGAAGCCUGGUCGGGUUUGUGCCGAUUCUGUGCCCGCCAGUCUGAACCUGGUCAAAAAGCUGAAAAGAAUGGGAAUUGCACAGGCUGUUGCCCCACGGAAUACCCCAGAGUGUGAUGACAGCCAGGAAGGAAAGGUUAAGAAGCACCAACAGGAAUCGGCAGUAUACAUGGGGACUGGCAGCAGUCUGUUAGGUGUCUUGAGGCGAAAUCAGAGUGUCCCCAGUGUGCUUUGUGGGCUUGGCAUGCCAAUAUCAAAGAUGGGCACCUUCAAUGAGAAGACUGAAACCAAUUUGGUUUUACCUGCAAAGAAGUGACCCAUCUGAAUUCUAUUCCCACCAACCCCUCCCCCCCCCACUCUCCAUCCCUUAUUACUUAGUCCCCCAACCCAGUCCUAAGUCGUUUUAACUGGAAGCUAGGUUUGUUUUGUUGAGAAGCUCCUGAAAGUCUGAAGGUGGUAAGUGCAAGUGAACAAAGGAAGCCGAGCUGUUGAAAAGAUUAAAAGAUUUUGAUGUGAGAGUGUCAGUCAAGAGAACUGAUUGGUGAUGAAAUGAAGGUAGAAGUGAGGCGACAUAAGAUAUUUGAACAUUCUGAAAGUUUGUAAUGAAAGAUAGUAAUGAACAAAAGAGGCAUUUAUGCAAAGGCUGAACCAGCAGCUUGACACUAAUGAGCAAGAUAAGCAUAAUUUCUCAACUCUUGCUCUUGAGAAAUAUCACGCUAAGCACAACAAAAAGCAUUAAAGCACACCCUUGAAUGUUUGAUUUGUACUAAGCAGAAGCGAAAUCACCACCCUUUCUUUAUGAAAGUGCUACCCUUUGUUUAUGAUUCAAUUACUCUUUGACCUUGACAGCCCCAUAACAAACCUUGCUGUAUUUGUUUAUUAUCCAAUACUCAAACUGCCUCACCUCCUUUUGAGCAUGCAUGCAUUUUUAAAUCCAAGUAUCUUAAGGUCUUAUUUCUUAAACAUUUUUAAAGCAUUCACACUGUAACCCAUUAUCAGUGAACACAAAUAUAAAUUACUUUUCUUCCAAAGCCAAUACACCAGGUAGUAGUAUUGUACUUUAACCCAUCACAUUACCCCAAUUAAAUUCUAUUGGGACUUUCUAGAACACUGCUUAAUCAAUUUCUUCACUUUUUAGCAUAGAAAUAGGAUUAUUCGAUCCUCAAGGUUUGGCAUAAGCCCUUUUGACAUUAAUACAAUCAAUUAAAAACUCACCGCAAUACAUUGGAGUUGAAGGGCUGUACUGAUCAAAAGCAUUAGGUGUGCUUUACUGUGAAACUGGUUAACUCCCUAUGAUUACCAUCAUUGCAACCUGACCUUGACAACAGAGACUGAAGUGGGUUUAGUUUAAGUCUGUGAAUAUUGAUUGGUGAUAUUGAACAGGUUGUAGGUGAUAGUGUGGGAGGGGGCAAGUUUUCAGAUUUGGUGCUUCAAUACUAUGAUAUUACUACUUUAUAUAAGCUAUAAGGAUUUAUUUUGCUCUAUGUACUAAUAUCAAACUAUAUUAUAAUUGGUUGAGUUUAGGUAUGAUCUGCUUUACCAAAAACAACAGAUGAAGCUGUGGUCACUAGAAGUAGAAUUUGAGUUGGCCAUGUUUGGUUAAUGCUUUUUUACCCUGUCCGUUUUCCUACAACCACCACGCCCCCUUCCAUUGUUCCUUUGGUUUGUGGGUUAGCCUGGGGAGAAAAACAAGGGGUUGCUUGGUGGAGCUAAAUACUCCAUCACUUGGUUGUUUGAGGUAUAACAUAGAGGGGCUGGAAUUGACAAAAAAUCUAGAAAAUACGGAUGGGGGAUUCACCAUAGCCAAAGCAGCAUGGUCUUUCAUUCAGUGUUGUAGAAUGAAGUGAAAGACAGUGCGAGCAAAUCUUCCAGUCUAAAUGUGGUGUCUGGUUUAAUAUUUUACUAAUGUCAAGACACCAGAUUUUUGAAGUUAUUAAUGGUGUAGUAUAGAUUGGUAUUUAUUUCAAAACUUUUUUUAAAAAGGAAGGAUCAUUGUCAUGUUUGGUUGUUGUUAUACAUCCAGAACUUCUUUGGGGUUGCCAGUUCUGAUUGGACAGAGUCCUCCAGGAGAUUCACCAUGUGACUAUAAACCAGUCUGCUCCUGUGCUCCAGCCUUUGGUUGUCCACUUCCACAUAUUCUCAACCCAGUCAGUAAAAUGGACAUUGGCAGUCAAGAAUCGCUAAAUUCUGUAACAAUCUAACAUUUUUUCAUUUCCAUAUUUUAAAUAUCAAAACCAUGAAUGUAUAGAAAAAUUAAAAAUAAUGUUUUACCUGUGAAGUUAAUAUUUAGUUCCACAAAGUCACCAUGAUCCUGGAGGGUGCACAGGCACAACUUUUGUUUUCAAUCAAGUGGUAAUUUUGUGUAUGUUUAAUGCUAUUUGCAAAGCCAUGAAUUUAAAGUUCAGCUGUAUACCCUUCACAAAACAAUGUAAUCUUUCAGAGGGCAAAAAUUAUUUGGUUGCAAACCUCAUAGUAAGAUGCUCGGGAUGAAAUAUCAGCAUAAAGGGAAAAUAUCCUGGGCUGAUGGCAGUCCUUAGAUAAGAAGAUGAUGUCUUUAAAUGCUGUCAUGUCUUUAGAGUACACGGGUUGCAUGUCAUACUGCUAGGGUCCUGCCAGCUCACAGCCAAAGCGGCAAAAUCGCACUAAUCUUCACUACGGGCAUGGUUUUGCACUUUAAAGAAAAAAUGCACUUGUUUUUAAAAAAAGAAAACCUAUUUGUAAUUCUAAAACGAAAUCUAAUUGUAAAGUAGGGGAAUCUAAGGGAAUCUAAAACAAAAUUUGUAGAAUAAUCUUUAAAACUUCAGUUGUUAUUUUAAAUAUAGUUCCCAGAUGAAUAAUAAGCUCAGUUACAUAGCCAAGAAUUUCAAUCCGCUAAAUUGAUCAGGAGUGUAUUCCACCCAGUCACUUACAGUUGAACAUGUAUAGCACAAUCCCGAAAACCUUGGGCCAUCUACCAUUGUGCAUUUGUGAAGGCCACAGCUAAUGGCAGUGAUCGGUGAAUAAGUCUUUUGGGAAUCUCACACUGACGACUGCUGAUCAUGUCCUGAGAGUGGAGGAGCACCAGACGACAUAUUAGGAAAGAUAUAACCCAAAUUUUCUAUCUUAUUGUACUUUUCCACCCCCACCCUGCAUGUAAAUGGAGUUUGAUUCCAGUACUAAGACCUCUAUAUUCUGAGGUGAGUUAUAUUUCAGGUAUCUGUGUGCAUUUCCUGUGGAUUUGCAUUUAAAAAGGGAAUUGCGCUCAGUCACUUCCACAGCAAAUAUGAUCAAGCUUGGCAAGGUAUCAUUCUAUAUUGAGUAUAAAGCAGCCUGUGAAUCCAGAGGAGGACAGUGAACUCUUAAUUGGCCAGUAAUCGAAAUUCAUGCUGCUUUGAGUUACCAAGGUUUGUAUAUACUGUAUCUAGGCAGUUUCCAAGCUGGUAGGGAAUCAGAGAGAAUUUGCUUUCUUGUCUAAUUGGAAUAUUGUUUAAGAAUGUAUAUUGACCAGAAAUCCAUCCUGCAAGAGAAAAGUGGAAGUGCAUAUUUUUUGUUGAGACGGUGUAUUUUAAGGUCUAACCUUGAAUCAGCCUGUGUUCUGCUGCCUUGUCACUGGGUGAAAACAUGUCCUUUUCUUGCUGUCUGCUUAGAGGGGGAUUCAUAGAAACCCAUUCGGUUUACUUGGUAUCUGUUGUUGCUUCUACUUGCUUACAUGUUUUGUUUAUAUUAAAUAUUUUAAAGCAGGGUGAGUUUUGGCUGAUAUUCUAAUUAUAUGGCUCUGGGGUUGUCCUGAUAGUUAACCCUACCUGACUACAGCCCAGCUCAAAAUGGAUAGGUCCGGAAUAUUACUGGUUAGUGCUUGCUGAUCCUGUGCAAUCCCCUGCCAAUGGCUUGAUUGCAUGUCUGUGGAAAGUCUCUGGGAAAUUCUUGCACUUUUUUUUAUAUAGGAGGAGAGAUUUCUUUAAUCCAUUCAGUGAACAGUUUUACUAGUUACUGCACACAGUUGCUAUACCUGGUAUGUGGUGUAGUCCUCCUGACAGUAUGUUUACGUGCGGCAGUGGUCCAGAGACUGAGCUACUUGCCACCUGGCUGAUACAUUCUAGAACUACCCUGAGAAGACGAAUGCAAUUGUUUUCUCCAACUGUCAUUUGUUAUGCAAUAUUUGAUAUUUAUUGUAAUAAUUAAUAUAACUGCAAAAUACAUGGCAUUUCUGAGUAACUUCUGCUCAUAAAUAAACUUUUUAAAUUUAA